ACAGACUUCACCCACCAGGCACCAGCUGAACAAACAUGUUCAAGUUUAUCGUCCUCGCGGUGUGUGUGACCCUGGCCGCUGCCGGAGGCUAUGGGGGCGCUCAGAGCCACGCCAACGUCGAAAUCUACAACGCAUGGGGAGGUGCUAAAUACGGUGUGAAAAAUCGACACGCUGUGAACGUAGGCGGCGGUGGAAAGGGUUACGGCGGGGGAUACAGCAAAUUUGCCGGCGGAAACGCACAGAUCUACGCCGAAGGACACGGCUCUGGUGGAUCCGGAUACGGCGGUGGACACGGUGGAUACGGCGGAUACGGUGGUGGACAUGGUGGAUACGGCGGCGGAUCCGGCGGUGGAUAUUCCUACAAGUACAGCGCUGAUGUCGGACACGGUGGAUCCGGCGGAUCCGGCUAUGGGGGCGGACACGGCGGAUCCGGCUAUGGAGGCGGAUCCGGUGGAUCCGGCCGGGGAUCCGGAUAUGGACACUAGAAUAUGAACCCUUCCCCUAGCUAUAUAAACACAAUGAUUACGAGAAAGAAAGCCGCUAAAUAGCUUUGUCAAAUCUAUCGUUCGAUAUUCGUUGUGUUCAACGUCCAUGGGCUUGUUUGCUCGUCCAAUUUCCAUCCACGUGUGCUGUAAAUAUUAUACGGACACCUUCCUCCCCGCUGGAAUAAAAGAACAAAACAA